AUGGUGACCAAGCUUGACCGUGAAGAACGAGGUGUUGGCAUACAAAAAUUCAAGUAUGCACCUAGCUGGGACGAGUUUGCCAAUGUCCUCAGGAUACAUAGUCCUCAAGCACUCCGGUUUCUAUCCAAACACCUUCCUGUCCGUACCGAGCGAAGCUUCAGAGAGAAAGAGAGUCGUCGCCCCCGUUUUCCCAUGAUCAUAUGUGAACGCACCUUUCAACUGGUUGCAGACCAUCUCGCGGACUUGAGCUACACUGGUCCGACAUCUCUAUCCCGCGAUGACACAAAGCUUUAUGCUGCAUGGCGUGUUUUCUGGGAUGCCGACAAACAAGCUCAUUAUCUAGUUGGGGGGGUUGGUGAGCCAUAUCUCAUUGCCGAUCCAGAUGCACUCCGCAAAAUAAUUGAAGAAGUGAAGUUAACACUUGCAACCAAAAUGCGACUUUGGUGCUUGCAAGUUCCUCUCCCCAAGAUUGCUCCCAUAAUCAUUGCUGCUCUUCCCCUUGCGUUGGAUCACAAUGCCGAGUCUUUGGCAAAGUGGAGUUUGGAGAUUAUUGGUGGCCUUCAGAGGCAUCAGAUCUGCGUUGUCUCAUAUGCAUGUGAUGGUACAGAGGUCGAACGUGCUGUUCAGCGUAUUGUGGUGCGAGACGCAGAUAGUGUCGUUGUAUAUGAUAUCGAGAGCCCGUUCUCCAGUAUGAGUACCAUAAGACUGGAGAUUCCCGUACACCAUGUGCUCGUCUACUCACCCUCGGCAACUACACCGCUCUUUUCACUCAUAUUCACACCAUGGCGUUUGAAGAUGGGACACCAUUGUAUCACUGGGACAGUCGAGAAGCUAGACCGUCAAGACGACAAUGCUGCUGCACGGCUUUUUUCAUCAGCAACUCUCAAUGGGGAGAUUGUCGAUGCAUACCAGAACCACAACAUCUCUCAUGGCGAGCGAGUCAAAAUGGUGCUCCGGGCACGGUAUUUUUAUGAUGGCUGGCGACUUUAUCUGGUGAAAACUGGCUACAAGGAAAACCAGUACUUUAUGUCACACGAGUCGGCCGACAUUGUUAUGAGGCUCAUCGACGGUCUCAUUUCACUCAUUAUUGUCUAUCGUGACCACAUCUCUGAUGCCUACCCUCUUCUUCCUUGGCUUCAUACUAGUGAACCCUGCGAGCACUCCUUUGCCAACCUCCAGAACAUCAAGAAGGACUUCGUUAUGCUUGAUGCAUACUACGCCAUUCCAAAACUACACGCGAAGCUACAAGAAGAAGUCCUACGACAACAAUCACCCGAUUUCAAGGCUCGUGCCCAAGGAUACACAAUAACUUACUUUUAUGAUCACACUGUCGACAAACUCUCGCGAUAUCCCUCUGACAUAGACAUAAAAGAAGCUUCACUGGAGGGUGCUCAUGAGGCGCAGAGCUUACUUGCCUUGUGUGGUAUAAGCCCUAGCCUUCUAAUGCAAACACAAUCUAUUGUGUUGCCCAGCAUCAAUCACCUUGAUGCUGGGUAUAUUGACGAUGAUGGGCAGGAUGUAGACUCCAAGAGUGGGUCAGUCAUUGAUUUUGAUGCCGAGGAAGAAUGCGAAGCCCAGCAACUUGAUGCUCUCGUGCAACUCGCCAAGGACAAUGAUAUCCCCCAUACCAAGAACGAAUGGAAUAAGCUUCUUCAAUUGACUUUUGCUGCAAUUGCCCUGGACACGGAUGAGCAACAACGCAUACAAAAGUUUGCUGAAGAUGACAACAACUCCGAGUCCCCUGAGAGUGAUGUCCGUGCGCAUGAAUUUGCUCAAAUCGAGCGCUGCUUAGCACUUCCUGCUCUUCGUAUUGCCGAUGACUUAAACAAGCCUAUGGGUCUGGGAGCUUUUUCCAUUCAAGCACUCGAUGUUGACGCGCUUGUGCAGAUUCGGAGCAGUCACGAGACCGAGCAAGCUAAGAAAGGUGUACGUACAGGUCGUGACCAGCUCACUGAUGCAGAGGGAAAGGUACUUUCAGAGCGGCGACAUCUGAUACGCGAAUUCCAAGUAGUUCUCAAGGAGCAGCAAGGUCGUGCGAUUGGUACUGGCCUGGAGCGUACUGCACAUUGGAUGGAGAAAGUUCCACAGACAGGGAAUUCUGCUAAUGCCGCCACUGCAGCGAAGGCAGGUGGUGAAAAAGGUGCGCUCAUAAUCAUUGCAAUGCUUCGCAGGAAAAAUGUCUUCAAAACAGCAGGGCUACAUCUCCUCGCCAUGAUCAAUGAUGCUUGUAUCACUCUACUUCGGCCACUCAAAGACGGUGACUUUGGCAUCGUAUUCACAGAGCAGUGGGGACUGCGUGUCAGACAAGUUGUUGCGCUGUACUCGAAAGGUGGCGGGAAAAAUGGCAAGCACGGUGCUGUUGAAAACGUGGAUGCAAUCGCUGCCAUUUUCGUACCUUGGGGUACAGCUCUAUCAGCAACACUUCCAUCAGCACUUCCGGUCUCUUCCAGAUGCGACCAGCUAUCUUUCAAUGCCGGCUUGAACUUGCACCUGCUGACGUCUCCUGUGUUUGAGAUGUUGCUUCAUGCUUCACCUCAACUUAUCCAAGCGGCCAAACUGUUCCGCAAGCGAGUAAACCAGGCCGAAAUGGACAGAGUUGUACAAGGGGAUGAGGACGCCUGA